AUGAUUUUAUCAUCCAGACAAAUCGUCGAAGCAAUCAUACGCAUGGGUCCUGUCAAUGCCGAUGUAGAACCUUGGGUUGUUAUGGUUGUUGCUAAUAUUCUACAUUCAUUAAUGAACAAGCACAAGAGUCGCAACAAAAUUGGGAAAACAAUUGUAGAUCAGAAAUUUAUUUCAGAACAACUUCUACAUCUCGUGUCGGCUGGUGUCAACAUCAGGAUAGGAAAAUACAAUUGUAUGGUCGAUUUCUUUUUAGCUGCUAUAAUACCAUCCCUUGGAUUCUCUGGAAUUGAUUUCCAAUCAAAUAUUAAUAUUUCGUUGCAAUGUCGUACCUGCAAUAAAAAGUCUAUUAUCAGCACAGAAAUAUGGGACUAUAUCUUAGUAACCACAUCAACAGUUCACGAUAUUCUUGCCAACAUAUUAACUGAAGUAUUUGCGUCAGCACCUCACAAUACAGAAUGCCCGCAAUGUACUCAUAAUGAUAGUCAACCAGUUUCAUUAGAAAUUGCAAAAUUUCCGAAACAUGUUUUUGUUCGUUUCCAUGCAACAACAACUCAACAUUCCGAACAUAUUGUUUGUACGCGAUCCUACUGUCGCUACACUUUACAAUCAUUCGUUGUUUUCACUGGUCGUGAUGGUGAAGGGCAUUACUACACCUUAGCUAAUCGAAAAAAUGAAUGGUAUAAACUAGAUGAUGACAAAAUUACAAUUCUUCCGCAGCGUACAAUUUUCGACCAGCAGAGUGAUCGCCCACCAGCUGUAUUAGCCCAUUAUACUCGACCGUCCAACAAAGAUGUAUUCUCUAUCGCACUCUGGAAUGUUUUCACCAAUUUCACCCGAUGCAGCAUGACACUUCCACCAAAUCUAUCAUUGAACGAUGCUGCUGAUUAUUUCGCAAAGCAUGAUUCACUUAACAAUAAUCCAAUGAAUUUUGCCAUUCUCAAACAGUUCAACUGCUCUCAUUGCUCACCACCAGAUAGUAGUGUCAAGCUGGCGCCACGAAGCACUAAUUUGAAUUUUUCAUCAAUAGUGAUAUGGAUGGUAUUUGUUUAUGAAACCGUAGAUAUCGUAUUUCCACCGUUUCCUAUGCAAAAAACUACUCAACAUCAAACUGAUCUACCUCCUAGUGUAGGGCCGGAAGAUUAUAUAGACGAAUUUGUCAAUGAUCUUCUACCUAUUUAUGAAAAAGGAUUUCUUGUUGGAUCUAUUCAUAUCAAAUUAGACGAUAUGACUGUUUUGUUAAGCCCGAAUGGAGACAUUAACGAUCUGAUAAUUGAUGCACAUCUAUUCAUCACAGCAUCCAGUACUGCUUCGAAUAAUAAGGUUUUAGCCGUACCGAGCUAUCUAAUCAGACAAAUCAUUUUGAAAAAACUUAGGACUAUACCAAUAAGUUGGCUAAAUUUUGACAUAUUGCUCUGUCCCAUUAAUCAGAAUAAUCACUGGUACAUUAUAAUAAUAGAUCGAAAAAAGAAUCUGAUUCUAGAAUUGGAUUCUUCAGUCAAACAUGAUAUGCCACGCUUAACAAAUAUGAAACGUAUAUUACACAUAUUACAUCUACAACACUUUCUAAAGACACACAAAGGAAUUGAUUUUGAAAACAACUGGAAAUUGAUUACGUCUGAAAAUGAACCUACAAUGCAACAAACCGACAGUCAUUCAUGUGGCAUUCACCUGCUAUUACAAGCCGAAGCUUACGUGAAAAAUUUCAAAUUCCUUCAAAUGCAAGGCGACUAA